AUGAAGCUCCCCAUCACCCUCCCCCUCCUCACCACCCUCUUCUCUCUUGCCUUCGCCGAGGACCUCAAGUGGUGCGGUGCAGCGCAAUUCUACCCCUCCAAAUACACCUGCUUCGGCACACUCCUGUGUCCCAAGACAGCCACCGGCGAAGCAUAUGUCGCAUGCGGCACCGCGUGCUACGACGCCGGAACGUACUACUGCGAUGCAAAUACGCAGUUGCAGCUCAUUACGCCGGAUAGUGCGGUGCAGUAUUGUGGAAGUGCACCGUAUCGGCCGGGCGAGUAUACUUGCUGGAACGGCAACUUCCUCUGCCCCGUACUCAACGGUGAAGCAACACUCGCCUGCGGUGGGACGGCAUGCUACAACCCCCGCGAAUACUCUUGCAACAAUGGUCAGCUCAGUAAACCAGCUGAGGUUCCUGCUCCGACCUGCGGUGGUCUUUAUGCGACCUGCGGAUACAACGGCGACUUACCAUGCUGCUCAGAUGAGUACUUCUGCGCUGCUAGCAAGUGCCGGCCGUUUAAUCCGCCGAAAAUGGUGAAGAAGAGUGUGCUUGAACUGCUGUAG